GAUCGUAAAUAUCCUGGCCAAGUGCCCCAAAAGCCAUGACAAGCAAAAAGAACAUACUUUCCUGCAGAUAAGCAUUGGUGCUAUUUAAAUGUGUGGGUUAAUUUUUUAUCCACUUCAGCUUCCCUGCUUUCUAUUUCUUCUCUGAAGCCCUGGGCACAGGAACCUGUGCAGGCACAUUAUUGCAGAGCAUAUUGCAGGACAAUCCUCUAACGAAUAGCUGCAUUCACGGCAUCUGGAUUCCUGAUCCUUUUGUAACAUGGCAGGUGUGAGUGGUUGUAUAAAAUAUUCCAUGUUUAUCUUCAACUUCUUUUUCUGGCUAUGUGGUGUCUUGAUCCUGGCGAUAGCAAUAUGGGUACGAGUAAGCAAAGAUGAUCAAGAGAUUAUCAGUUCUGGAGACGAAGUCACCAACUUCUAUGUUGCUGCAGAUAUGUUGAUUUCUGUGGGCGCCAUCAUCAUGAUCCUGGGCUUCCUGGGAUGCUGUGGAGCCAUUAAGGAAAGUCGCUGCAUGCUUCUCUUGUUUUUCAUAGGCUUGCUUCUGAUCCUGCUCCUGCAGUUGGCAACAGGAAUCCUAGGGGUUGUUUUCAGAUCAGAGUCUGAGCGCGUUCUAAAUUCAACUCUCUAUGAAAACGUAAAGCUGUUGAGAGAAACAAGUGAGGAGGCAAAAGUGUUCCAGCAGGCCCUGAUUGAAUUUCAAGAAAAGUUUAAAUGCUGUGGUGUGGUCAAUGGAGCUAUUGAUUGGGGAAACAAUUUUCAACAAAAUUACAAAUCAUGUGAAUGUCCAACUGUGUCAGAUUCUUCUUGUAUAUAUUAUGAAGGGCAUUUUGUGUACAAACAGCCAUGUAUUUCUUUGAUAAAAGACUUUGUUAUAAAACAUAUUAUUAUAAUUGUUGGAAUAGCAUUUGGACUGGCAGUUAUUGAGAUGCUUGGUUUAGUGUUUUCUAUGGUCCUGUACUGCCAGAUUGGGAACAAAUGAAUCUGUGGAUAUGUCAAGCUAUCAUCAGCCAAACCCCUUUUUAAAAUGUCUCUAGACAUAGCUAGAAUAUGAAUAUCUUCUAGACACAUUGGACAUAUUUAAGAAUUGAGGGACACAAUAAAAAGUAUAUGAAUGUGUAUUUUUACUCAAAAUAAAAGUAACAUUGUUUACAUGGUGCUUUCCUAUUUCUAAAUGAUUGUGUUCAGGUAAUGCUAUAUUUAAAAUGCCCAUCUAGAGCCACCCAGUGGAAUAACCUACAUUUCCAAGUCACAAGGCCAUAGAUAGACAAGACAGUGUAUCUGUGAUCUUCAGAAUCAGCACUGUCUUUGGUAUAAUCUGUCCACUGUUGAUGAUAAGAUUGAAUUAAAUCUGAAGCUGAAAUAAUUGAGAGUGUCCUGCUAAAGGGUCAACAUCUCUUUUCUAUGUGUGGCAAUGACUACUAACGAUGUCUCUCUUUUGCUAACAUCUAUUGUGGAGACAAAAAUAUGUGAGUGUCCGUCUCCCAGCCAUUGGAUCUCUGGUACAUUCUGAAUCUUCCUCUGGGACACAGAAGUAUUUUUAACAUUUACUUUUUGUCAGAGUACAAUAUACACACAAUAAAGUGAAUGCAUCUCAAGUGUAUAGUCCUGUGACUGCAUACACCUGUGUAGGUCCCAGCCAGAUCAAUGCACAGAACCUUCCCAGCACACCACAGUCCAGCUUCAUGCCACCCCCCAGUGCUGUCCUGGAGCUGGCUCAUGCUAACAUGCCAGAGCAGGCGGUGCACACACACGCUCUUCCCAACUAUGAUCUUUGAGUCAUUUUUACUAUUGUUGAACUCUCUCUAAAAGUAAUAAUAACGUAUGCACUGUGGCUUCUUUUACUCAAAAUUUUGUCUGUGAGAUUGAUCUGCAUUGUUGCAUGUUGCUGGAGUUUGUUCUCAUUGUUAUACUUCAUUGUACAGUAUAUGAAUAUAUCACUGUUUAUUCUAUUGCUAUGCAUUUGGUUUGCUCUCUGAGCACUGUUAUGAAUAAAGCUGCUAUAAUGUUCUUUUACAUA